AUGGCUGCCUCCAUGGAGAACGCAUUUGUCGCAGAUAUUCUGGAGAAUUUCUCUAAAUUAACGUCAAAACCAGAAGUUUUCACAAGUGUUCAAAGAAAACAGUCCGAAACAUACAAGAAGAAUUCAAAAUGUUUAUAUGACACAGCUCAGUCUGUUAAACUAAAGCAGACAAACUCCAAAUCAACAGAACUAACUGAACUCAUUACAGACAGUAUGGAUGAAGAACAGAUUUGGCAACAACUUGAAUUAUGUAAUGAGACCACAAUACAAACAUCAUUAGAGAGAUUGGCUCAUAUGCUUGUUGGCAAAUCUAUUGAAUUUGACAUUGAGGAUGACCUAGAAGUUGAUGAUAUUGAAAAUGAUGACGAUAAUGAUAUGGAUAACUUCAUGGAUGAAGACAAUGCGUCAUCUGAUAGUGAUGAUGAAUCAGGAGUUGACUUUGACAGUGAUGAAGGCAAUACAAAUAUAGCAGCAAUAGAUGCAUCAAAACAGGCAACAAAAAAUAAACAAACUCCAAAAAGUAUUGUAAAGUCAAGGACUAAAAAGUCAGUUGUUGAUGAUAAGUUCUUUAAUUUAGCUGAUAUGGAGAGAUUUCUAGAGCAACAAGAUAGACUGUAUGAGAAGGAACAUAAUGAUAAACCAUUUAAAGAUAAUGAGGAGGAUUCCUCAGAUGAUGAUGACGAAGAUGAGGAUGAAGAUGAUGAUGACAUAGAUCUAGGGGAUGAUGAUGCGGAAGCUGAUUACAUGUAUGCAGAUUUCUUUGAUCCUCCCACCACAGAAGAAGGUCUGACAGGAAGCAAAAAGUCGGUGUCAUUUAACGCAGAAGAUGAUGAGCAAGAAUUCAAUGAUGAAGACCUAGAGGAUGUUGAUGAUGAUGACCUAUCUGCCCAGAAAGUCCAAGGUCAAGGUCGUGAUCUUUUCCAAGGCAGUGAUAGUGAAGGAGAAGACACUGAAGAUAUAUUAGGUGGCAAAAAGUCAUCAUUUGAACAGAGGAAAGAAAAGAUGACUAAAAAGAUAGCAGAGAUGGAGACCAUGGCUUUAGAGGCGAAACCAUGGCAACUAUCUGGUGAAGCUGCAGCUACUAUACGUUCAGAGAACAGCCUUCUGGAAGAAGAUCUCAUGUUUGACCACACUUCACGGCUACCUAAAGAAAUCACAGAGGAGGUAACUCAGGAACUUGAGGAUCUCAUCAAACAAAGGAUCAAGGAUCAGGCAUUUGAUGAUGUUGAGAGGAAGGAAAAGAAGACUGAGGAAGUGUUUGAAUACAAGAAGAGGAUAGUUCUUGACCAAGAGAAGAGCAAAGCAAGCUUGGCAGAGGUCUAUGAGCAGGAAUAUCUGAAGCAAACUCAGGGUGAGAAGGAAGAGGAAGAGGACAAAGACCAUGCAGCUAUCAAGAAGUCCAUGCAGUCUUUGUUCAUCAAAUUAGAUGCCCUCUCUAAUUUCCAUUACACACCUAAACUGGCAUCUACUGAGGUCAAGGUCGUAUCCAACAUGCCAUCUAUUAGCAUGGAAGAGGUUGCUCCAGUCAGUGUCAGUGAUGCUGCUCUACUUGCCCCACAGGAGAUACAGGAAAAAACUAAGAAAGAAUUGAAGGGUAAGACUGAGAAGUCUGAAACCGAUCGCAAGAGUGAAAGACGAGAGAAGAAAAAACAGAAGAAAAUAAGAAUCAAAGAAAAAGAGGCGAGAAUUAAAGCAAAGGAAAAGCGCAACCCAGGAGUGACCACCCAGUCCAAGAAACAAGCAUUGGAGAAACUGAAAAAACAAACUAAAUCGGGAAAUUCAGUAACCAUAAUAAAGGAUUCUGACCAUAAAAAGAGCUCUCUGACAUCUUCCAAGGCAUUCUUCACAGAGCUACAAGAGGGAAUCAAAGCGAAGGGAAACAAGAUUCCAAAGACUAAGAAUAAUAAGCAUAAAAAUGCAACAGCUUCAAAAUUAAAACUUUAAUAAUUGAACAAUAAUUGAUUUAUGGACGACAUGCACAACACUUUGAAGGAGAGAGGACCCUUUUAUAGUCUGAGAACUAAUUUCAUCAACAUGUGAAUUCAAACUUUAAAGUGCAAUUGA